GUUCCUGCUUUUCGAUGCUAGGUUUGCGUUUGCUUCUGUUUGUUUAUAUAUAACUAGAAAUCGUGCGGAAGGACGAAAGUGUGUUUAAACAUUUCAGUUUCUUUUUGUUUCAAAAGGUGCAUGUUUCUGAUUAGCAUGUCUUCUCGGUUUUAAAGGUCUACCAAGAAAAAAGCCACAGCUAUGGAUGAUAAAAAGUUCAUGCUAUUUGGCACUGAUCUUCAAAAGAUUCCUUGCUUUAAGAAAACAUUUACGUAUGGAAUAUGUACUGGAUUAGCAGCUGGUCUGGCAAAUUUCAUAUUUACUAGUAAAGUGAAAAGAUCAUCAGAUAUAGCAGUUGUAUCCUUUGCUGUUUCAACUGUGGGAAUUUGGAUCUACUGCAGGUACAAUUGGACAAGAGAACAUUUCUUGACAGCUAAGAUGAAUAGUGCAGUACAUGAUGUUAUGGUGAAGCAAGGUGUAAAAAAAACAGAUGAUACUUAAAGAAAUCAUGUUGUCUAUAUUAGAUGUUUAAAUCAUACUGUGUACUAAAUUAUUACCAGAACUUUAGAACAAAUAAAUUUAUUAGAAACAUAUUUUAAUUAAUCAGGUGUAAUACAAAUGCUUGGAUUUUACUUGUACUACAGUAAAACUUUAUAGCAACUUAUGAAAUUGGAUAGUUAAAUCUUAAAAUAAAAUGAGCCACUUCAUAUUUACAGCCAAUAUUUCCUCAAAAGGAUGAAACAUACACGUAAAAAAUAAGUGAACAUACAAAUACCUAUUAUUUGCUAAUUUAGUAUAUAGUCUGCUUUUAAUUUAUAAAUGAAAUGAAAUAAGUUAAGAAAAAUAAAUGCAUUAUAAUAUGGCUCCUUAAUGAUAGUAAUCUUGUCUUUGAUGAAUGGUAAAUCUAAUAAAAAACAUGAAUAAAUGCACAAACUUUUGCAGUCAAAUAUUUACAAAUUGGUACUUGAACAAUAAGAAAAUAAUUUUGAGAUAACUUUAUUUAUAUCUUUCCUCAUCUACCCCCUUAAAGAUUACCAACAAAUUUCUUUGUUACAUAACCUUAAAAAUCCUAGUUAGCUAUGCAUUGAACCAUGUCAACCAUACAGUUCAAUAAAGAGUUUCAAAUAUUGUAACUAAAUAUCAUACUACUUUUUAGGUUUUAUUAAGUCUGAUCAGGUUCUAAUUAGUAAUUUUUCACUAAGAAGGUAUUUUUAAAAUGAAUGUUUUCAAGUUUAAAAGUUAAUUGGACAAAAACUUUUAGUAUUUCCUUUGUGAAUCUUUAAAAGAGAAGCUCUGUAAUUAUUUGCUAGAUACUAUCUUUCUUAAGGCCCAAUUGAGUAUGUUUUAAUAAAAAUCAAAUUUAAUAAAUCUACAUCUAACAGACUAUUGGAAUAUUUUAUUUAAGAGUACUACUAUCUAAGACAUUUAUUUUUGUCCGAUGUUAUAACAAAACGCCAAAAGAUAAAAUAAGCUGAAAACCUUUUUCAGUUUGCAAUAAUUAAACUUUAUAACAGAUUUUUUUUCUUGUCAUGUAACACUUUUUGUGCUACAUUAGUGCAUUUAAUAUCCCUUCAUUUUGAUUUAUUUAAUUUUAUUCAUUAGGUAUGAAUUGUUAUUCCUACAAGCAUUCUUAAUAAUCUCAUUAUUCCUUAAUUUCUCAACAUUAGCUAUGUUGCUACAUUUAUUUAUGCUAUUUGCAAUUGCACAUAGUUUUAUAUUGUUUUUCUUGCUUCCAAGUUUUCAACACUUUAUUUAUGGGGUGCAUUCAAUGGUAAAUUCACAUGGAAUAACAGUUAAUGCUAAAUAAUUCCCAACGAUUAAAAUUGCUCAAACUAAAUAUAUUUAGUGAAAAUAAUUUUGGAUGUAAGCAUUCUUAAAGACCAGCUUUUUAUUUUACGAUAGCCUCUGUAUUUCUUUAACUCUUCAAUGAAAGUAGAAAUAAACAGCAUCCCAAAAAGUUACUUUGGCUAUUUUUAAAAUAGUGGGCAACAUUUUAAUCGAAAAAGAAUUUGGCAAUUUUCAAACAUAUUUAAAUAGAAAUGUAAGGAAAAAAAAGGGUUCUAAAACCAUUUAGUAAUUCAAAGAUGCAUGUAAUACAUAGUUUUAAUGCACAUAAAGAUUAACACUCUCAAGAAUUAAUCCUGGUGCACCACUGCUAUUCAAAGUAAUUCAUGACUAUAAUAACAGUAGAAUAAGAUAUGUUUUGCAUAAAUUCUUAACUUUUUUCAUCCAAAACCUUUAUAGCAUAAUCAAUGGUAUCUAUUUUAGAUAAGGAAGUUUUUCACCCUAUGAACAAGUUUCCACUGUGGAUGAUACAAACAGUGGCCUAAACUAAGAAAUUGAUAAAACAUUUUAUCCUUUCAUUUUUGUCGAAUUAGGCACAGUCAUGUACAUACUCAAAACACAAUAUAAAGCAAAAUUAUUUUCAGAUACAGUUGAAUUUUUUAACAAAUAUUCAACUGAGAGAAUAAUUACUUUUUGA